AGAGAGAUAAAGACAGAGAGGUCUGAUAAUAUUGAGUCUAUUAUAUGUCGGCUUGUUCACAUAAUAAAUAAUAAAGCUGUCUUUGCUUAACCUUUGUUUUUGCUUUAGCUUCUGUUUCUGGUUCUGGGUUCUCUGUUUUUUGAUCCCCAACUCAAAUGGGAGACUUAAAAUUUGUGGGUGAAUCAUUAUAAAGUGGGAACUUUGAUACCCUUUAGCCAAACAUUCCGAUUCUUUUUUGUUUAUUUUGGGUUCUUUGUGUUCUGUUUUUUCGUGGGGAAGAUUCUUGCUGAAGAAAGUUUGUGUUUUUGAAGAAAAGAAGUUCUUUUGUUCUCUUUGUUUAGUGGGUGAUUAAAUUUGAGUUGGGUAGUUAGUUAGUUGGUUAGGGUUUGGUUUAUUGGAGGCAUUGAAGCUGAUUAGCUUGACGUAAACUGAUGCUGCAAAUUUCUGGGAAUAGUUUUGGAGCUUGAACUGGUUUUCUAGUGAAAAAAAUGUGGGAAUUUGAUGUAGAGUUUCUAAGGUGAUUUGAGGAAGAAAAAAAAAGUGAUUGGAUUUGCUAAAUAAGUUAUUUAUUGAUUAAAAAUGAAGGUUCCACCAAAUGGUUUUAUGGCAAACUCUACAGAAGGAGAAAGGAAGAACAUUAAUUCUGAGCUAUGGCAUGCUUGUGCUGGACCACUGGUCUCUCUACCGCCAGUCGGAAGCCUGGUGGUGUACUUUCCUCAGGGCCACAGCGAGCAAGUUGCGGCAUCAAUGCAAAAAGAGGCCGACUUUAUACCGAGCUACCCCAACCUUCCUUCCAAGUUGAUUUGCAUGCUUCAUAAUGUGACAUUACAUGCUGAUGCAGAAACAGAUGAGGUCUAUGCUCAGAUGACCCUUCAACCUGUAAACAAAUAUGAUAAAGAAGCGCUAUUGGCGUCUGAUAUAGGCCUCAAGCAAAGCAGGCAACCUACUGAGUUCUUCUGCAAAACACUUACAGCUAGUGACACGAGUACACACGGUGGAUUUUCUGUUCCUCGACGAGCAGCAGAGAAGAUUUUCCCACCUCUAGAUUUUUCGAUGCAACCUCCUGCUCAGGAGCUGGUAGCUAGAGAUCUACAUGAUAAUGCAUGGACGUUUAGACAUAUUUAUCGCGGUCAACCCAAGAGACAUCUGCUUACGACGGGUUGGAGCGUCUUUGUUAGUACAAAACGACUUUUUGCUGGUGAUUCUGUUCUAUUUAUAAGAGAUGAAAAAUCACAGCUUCUCUUGGGAAUAAGGCGUGCUAAUAGGCAGCAACCAGCUCUCUCUUCCUCUGUCAUAUCCAGUGACAGCAUGCAUAUUGGCAUUCUCGCUGCUGCAGCUCAUGCUGCUGCAAAUAACAGCCCUUUUACUGUAUUUUACAAUCCAAGGGCAAGCCCGUCCGAGUUUGUCAUACCCUUCUCCAAGUAUAACAAAGCUAUGUAUACACAAGUUUCACUUGGCAUGAGAUUCAGAAUGAUGUUUGAGACUGAAGAGUCGGGAGUUCGUAGAUACAUGGGCACAAUCACCGGCAUCAGUGAUUUAGAUUCAGUGCGAUGGAAAAGUUCACAAUGGCGCAAUCUUCAGGUAGGAUGGGAUGAAUCAACUGCUGGUGAGCGUCCAACCAAAGUUUCGAUAUGGGAGGUUGAGCCUGUUGUAACUCCUUUUUACAUUUGUCCACCUCCAUUUUUUAGACCCAAGUUCUCUAAGCACCCGGGGAUGCCAGAUGAUGAGUCUGACAUUGAGAAUGCUUUCAAAAGAGCCAUGCCCUGGCUUGGAGAUGAAUUUGGAAUGAAAGAUACCCAAAGCUCAAUCUUUCCUGGUUUGAGUUUAGUUCAGUGGAUGAGCAUGCAACAAAAUAAUCAGUAUCCAGCUGGUCAAGCAGGGUACUUCCCACCUAUGCUUCCGUCCACAACCUUGCCGAAUAACCUCAGUACUGAUGAUCCGUCGAAGUUACUAAAUUUUCAAUCUCCUGGCCUCUCUGUGCCCAAUCUCCAGUUCAACAAAGCAAAUGCACAGAAUCAGGUGAGCCAGCUAGCACAGCCAUCUAUGGCAUGGACUCAACAGCAGCAGCUGCCGCAACUAUUUCAGACCAAUAUGAAUCAACUGCAGUCUCCACAUCAUCCUCAACAACAACAGCAGAGGACGCAAUCACAGCCGCCGCAACAACAGCAGUUGAGCCAACAACAACAACAUCAGUUAAGCCAACAACAACAACAACAGCAGUUGAACCAACAACAACAGCAACCGCAGACACAGCUAAUACGACAGCAGACUCCACAAUCACAACUGCAGCAGCCACAGCAGCAACCGCAACAAUCGCAACAACAGCAACCUCCCCAGCAGCAGCAGAUAUUUCAACCACCUCCUGUUAAUAAUGGAAUAAUCGCCUCAAACCAGGUUUCAAAUCAAAAUUUACAGCAACCUGUUUACGGUCAGCUUCAGCAACAGCAGCAGCUCCUAGGAAGCAAUACCCAAUCACAAAAUACUUCUGCUGCUUCUAAGAGUUCAUAUCAGCUCACAUCUUUGCCUCAAGAUGCACAGUUCCAGCAACAAAUUGAGCAGCAAGCAAGUCUUAUGCAGAGACACCAGCAGCAGACUCAGUUGCAACAGUCCCCGCUGCAGUUAUUGCAGCAAAAUAUGUCACAGAGAGCACAUCCACAGUCACAACUUCAGUCUCAAGUACAACAGUUAACACAGUCUGGGCUCUCUGAGCAGCAGCUUCACUUGCAGUUACUGCAGAAAUUGCAGCAGCAACAGCAGCAGCAGCUGCUAUCGCCCACGAGCUCGCCGUUACAGUCUCAUUUACUUCAGCAACAGCAGACCCACCAACAAAACCAGCAAUUCCAGCAGUUACCACUUUCACAAUCUCAACAGCAACCAUUCAGCAGUAAUGGCUUCACAACAACAGCAAUGAUGAAUUCACAGUCCUUUCCUGCGAGCCAGCAUGGCCUACAGAAGUCGCCUACAACAAUUAGACCCCAUUCGACUCAGACAGAUGGAGAUGCUCCAUCUUGUUCAACAUCCCCCUCUACCAAUAACUGCCAGAUUUCUCCAUCAAAUUUCCUGAACAGAAACCACCAAGCUCCAGCGUUAUUGAUGAGUGAUUCAGUGGUUGAGCCUACAGUAAAUCUGGUUCAGGAGUUCAGUGGGAAGUCUGAUACUCGGAUUAAACAUGAGUUUCCCAGUUCAAAAAGCACAGACCUACUAAAAUACAAGAGUACAGUGACUGAUCAAUUAGAAGCUUCCUCUUCUGGAACUUCGUAUUGCUUAGAUGCUAAUAACAUCCAGCAAAAUUUCCAGAUCCCCACCUUUGGUUUAGAUGGUGAUGUCCAAUCACAUCCUAGGAACAGUUUGCCUUUCUCAACUACUAUUGAUAGCUUGGCACCCGACACUUUGUUGUCGAGAGGAUACGACUCUCAGAAAGAUCUUCAAAACUUGUUAUCCAAUUAUGGUGGAACUCCAAGGGAUAUUGAGACUGAACUGUCCACUGCUGCAAUAAGCUCUCAGUCAUUUGGGGUGCCAAACAUGCCCUUCAAACCUGGAUGUUCCAACGAUGUUGCGAUCAAUGAUUCUGGGGUUUUGAAUGGUGGUCUUUGGGCCAAUCAGGCACAACGGAUGCGGACAUAUACAAAGGUUCAAAAGCGUGGUUCUGUAGGAAGAUCUAUCGAUGUAACCCGUUACAAAGGUUACGAUGAGCUUAGGCAUGAUCUGGCCCGCAUGUUUGGCAUUGAAGGGCAACUAGAAGAUCCGCAAAGUUCUGAUUGGAAAUUGGUCUACGUGGAUCACGAAAAUGACAUACUACUCGUUGGUGAUGACCCAUGGGAGGAGUUUGUAAGCUGUGUUCAGAGCAUAAAGAUACUGUCAUCUGGUGAAGUGCAACAAAUGAGUUUAGAAGGUGAUCUUGGUAGUGUCCCAAUUCCCAAUCAGGCCUGCAGCGGUACUGACAGUGGAAAUGCAUGGAGAGGGCAGUACGACGACAACUCAGCUGCCUCAUUUAAUAGAUAAGCAGAUCGGGAUCGAGCUAUUUUACAGACUCCACCUCUGUUCAUUAACCUUUUUAAUAGCGGCAGUUUUGACCGCCUUGGCGCCUAUCAACUUUCCGAUGAGACCGGUUGAGCUUUCUCAAGGCACACAUUAGUAGAGGAAAUGAAACACAUUUAUAACACGGAUCCCAUCAGAGAUAUCAACCGCGCUUCUGGAGAUUGAGCUCCUUCCAGGUGCUAUUUCUAUACUUUUGGCUUUCGAACGGGCGGAAGGCGACAAUUUGCUAAGAUGCUAGAAAAAAUUGCAAGGGGAGGAAACAGUAAAUGUUCAAUGUGUUCUCACCUAUUUUGAAGCUUAAUCUAACAGUCGCUUGUAAAAAUGCUGAGUCGACGAACAGUUUCUCAAUUUCGGAUUCUGUGCAUUAUGUUGAUAGUUUUUAGUACACCUUUGUGUAAUCAAUGGUAUGUAUCAGGCAAAACAGUUGCUUAUAA